CUUGAGUAAGAUCGACUGUCGUGUGUGAAUCACGGUCUCGAUGAGAUUGCUGCGUUUUCUUGAAUAAAUAAAGAGGUCUGUCUCACCAUCCAUCAAGUGCUUAAAGCUUUUUACCGGUUACUUUUCGGAAUAUGUAAGAGUGCUCAUCGCAUAAAAGUCAAAAUUUUUGGAGGUGGAUGUCGGCACAUUCAUAAAAGGUCCUGGUCCAUGACAAUUGAUUGUCAAGGACUUUUAGGUGGCAUACAAUUUUGGGAUCGUUAGAUAAAUCUUCAGCGGUCGGGAUUAUAAUAAAAUUUUAACACGUCUAGAGCUUUUUAACAGCUAGACGGAUAAAAUUGCUGAACGAGUUAAAAAAAAUUAUAAUCCUAACCACUGGAUAUUCAUCCAACGAUAAAAACUGCAUGCCCUUGAAAGGUCCUGAUAAUCGAUUGCUAGAGAUAUCUGGGCCUUUCAUAAAAAUAUAACACCUUCUCAUACUUCCUUUCGAAAUAUGAAAAGAAUAAAUAACUAAACAAAAGUUAGCCUCAAAACAUGAGGUUUGGCAGCCAUGAUUAAUGGUCACGAUUCUCUUCUUCUUCCAACCUGUUGAGCCUUAUGGCUUGUAAAGAUUUUAACUAUCCUUCACGCCAUAUAACACUUCGCCUUGCAAGCUACUGCAACAAUAAUUAUACACUAUAAAUUUAUACAUGCUGUGCCUUAACAUUUUGCCUAUAUAUUAAGUUGACCAUUGUAUCCUGUACAUGAAGCGAGAAAGACAGCAGAAUAUAGAGAUGAAUUUUUCGAUACUGAUUCAGAUUCUGGCCUUACAAUGCCUUGCAGUUGUUUGUGUUUCAAGAGAAUUUGAUUUCUAUUAUUUUGUUCAACAGUGGCCAGCGUCGUACUGUGAUACGAAGAGGAGUUGCUGCUACCCGAAAACAGGGAAGCCAGCAGAGGACUUUAGCAUUCAUGGGCUAUGGCCAAACUACAGAGAUGGUACCUAUCCUGCCAACUGUGACUCUGUCAACUUGUUUAACGAUUCCAAGAUUACUGAUCUUGAAAGCAGACUUGAAAAGGACUGGCCAUCACUAGCAUGUCCGAGUAGCGAUGGCAUGAGGUUCUGGGGACACGAAUGGGACAAACAUGGCACUUGUUCCGAAUCAUUUCUUGAUCAGCAUUCUUAUUUCAAAGCUGCUCUGGACUUGAAAAACAAAGCUAAUCUCCUCCAAGCCUUGAACAAUGCAGGAAUUAAACCAGCAGACGGAAAAUAUUACAGCCUCGAGAGCAUCAAAGACGCGAUCAAAGAAGCGACAGGGUACACUCCAUACAUAGACUGUAACGUCGAUGCAUCGAGAAAGUACCACCAGCUCUACCAAGUGUACAUGUGUGUGGAAGCAUCAGGUUCAGAAUUCAUCAACUGCCCUCUUCUUCCCCAUGGAAGAUCAUGCACUUCUCAAGUCGAAUUCCCUUCCUUCUCUCAUAUCAAGCCUGCACAUCAAGAACUCUGAUUACUCACACUGAUCCAUAAUGUACCCAUUGUUUCUAAUAAUAAUCUGAAGGAACAAUAUUUGAAAGCGGCGAAUAAAUGAAAAAGUUUUUUCUAGCAA